AUGGAGAUGGGUGUCCAUGCCACCAACCUGUUCGCAUUAUUGCAGCUCCGCCACGUGCAGGCCAAAGGCUUGAGAUCAUGCUUCCAACGGAGCCGCUCCUGGGUGGAUCGAUUUGAGGUGACAUCUGUGUUGAAUGGCCACAGGGGCUGCGUGAAUACCAUCCGCUGGUCCUCAGAUGGUGAGCUUCUGGUAAGUGGGAGCGAUGACAUGAUGAUUCAUCUUUGGAGGCUCGGCCCACAUCUUUCCGGCCAUGGAAUUCGCCCGUCGGCCUGUCUUCCAACAUUGCACCGGCACAACAUUUUUGACGCGAUCAUUACUGGCGACAUGCAGAGCAUUGUGUCUUGCGGGGCUGAUGGCUAUGUGUGCCUUACAGACAUCUACAGUGGACAAAAGAUGAAACUGUUCGAGCCUGACAGAGGCCAUUUUUUUGCAUUCAAAAUCGCCACUUUGCCGGAUUCUUUGGGCCGCACCUUCUUUGUCAGUUGCAGCGAUGGCUGUGUUCGCCACUUUGAUUUGCGACAGGAUGACCAUGCCAUCGCCGUCAGCACAGGUGGAAUCGGAUUGGCAGGACUGUCAGUGAAUCCCGCUAGAACUGACACUAUCGCAGUGGGUGGCAACGAUCCGUUCUUGCGGAUUUAUGAUAUUCGCACCUUACGUAUGCAUCUUGAGUCCGGGGCUGCAACAGACAUGCCGUUGACUCCAGCGGUCUCGCUACAUUCAACGGAGAACAUGAUUCGAAAACAUCGCUACGGCAUGGCGUCAAGUUUGUUUUCUCGAUCAGAGGUGGGCAUAUCUGGAGUUUGCUGGAGCAUUUCUGGCCAGUCCCUUCUGGCCAAUUAUCGAGGUGGCGAAAUCGAGCUUUUUGACAUAGGACCGAGCGCAACUAGUGAGACCGAUGUCGCAGUGGCUGAGAAGACGACGCACAUCUCGCUACGAAGCGAAGCAUGCAGCGCAGUGACCUUGCCGGCGUCCUUUGUUCUCUUAAGCUCACGACGGUCGUUUGAGGGUAGACCCAACGAAGAAACUUGUGCAAAAGAAGUUCAAUUUAUGUGUGGAGAAGCUGCAUUGGGCAGCGGAGGAGACUGUGGCAAUUUCUAUGUGUGGGAUGUGUCGUCAGGCGGGUUGCUCAAGAAACUCAGAGCAGAUCGACACAUUGUGAAUUGUGUGGCACCACAUCCAACGUGGCCAUUGGUCGCCACAUCAGGAAUCGAUUCGGAAAUCAAGGUUUUCGAUGUUGCUGAUGUGAACGUGAGGGUGCCAAGAAGCGGCUCCUCUAGCGGCACCGCCGCGUCUCAGUCUCAGGAAGCUCAGGAGACUGGCUCAGGGACUUCGCCCUCGCCCUCGGACUCAGACCCAUCCCCCGGGCUACCAGAACAUCCUGAUGUGGCCUUGCAGGAGGCGGCAGUGAAAGAAGCGACGGCCUUCAGACGACAAGGCAACGAAGCAGUCGGGCAAGCAGACUGGAUCUCAGCGCUGGCAUUCUACGACCAGGCCCUGCAGCGCCUACGCUUCGAACCAGGCGGUACGUUGCGCAGCGAGACAGAAAGUUUAGAGCUUGAUGUCCGGCUACGCUGCGCGUUCUGCAGCUUGAAUCUGGAAGAAUUUGAUUCUGCCGUUGUGCACUGCAACCGUGUGAUCCAACUCGAUGCGAACAAUACGCAAGCAUUCUGCAGACGAGCGGUUGCACAUGGUGGGAUGCUUGACUUCGCUGCAGCAUACUCCGACAUAGACGCUGCUGCAAGCCUGGCUCCUGAAGACUCUGACAUCGCCCGCAUACGGUCAAGGUUGAAAAAGCACGAGAAGCGCCAAUUGAAAGGUUGGCGCCGAUAA